CCCAAGGAAACUAGUUCCCCGGGCAGGUAGAAUGCUAGGCAUUUGCUCUUAAAUCCUUUGUGAUCGUUGGACACCUCGACAAGGCAUACACAGCUCGCACAAAUAUUCAAAUUUGGAAAUGUUUCAACCGGAGUACGAACGGCGUUUGCUUCAGGAAAGCGUAGGGGAUAACAGGGAGCAGCUGGACUUACGCUGCAUUCCCACACGGGCUGGCAAUCAGUGGGCCCGAAACUUUGCCCUCGCUCCCGGCAGCUCCAGCGAGAACUCUGCGUACGCCUGUCUGCUGCGCAACGAGUUCCUGGACACUAAAAUCACCUCUCUGGAUCAGUGCAAGCAAAGCACAAACGUCCAGGCCCAGACUGGCGACUUCAAGGUGCGGGAGGAGAACCGAGUCUAUGGAUUUGCCAACGGAGGUUUGUCCCCGUUGCGUACGCCCUUCGCCAACGUGAGUGAGUGCAGCCAACGCCUGCUCAGCAUCUCCAAGAGGCCAACGCGACGCUUUCCACGUCUCCCCUUCAAGAUACUCGAUGCACCUGAGCUGCAGAACGACUUCUACUUGAACCUCAUCGACUGGUCGUCGGAGAGCAGCUUAGUGGUGGGCCUGGGCUGCUCGGCCUACCUGUGGAGCGCAGUCAGCGGCCAGGUGACACGGCUGUGCGACUUCAGCCAAGAGGACAACCUGGUCACUGCGGUUAGUUGGCAUGGCGGCGGCCGUCAGGUGGCCAUUGGAACCCUGUCCGGCCAUGUGAGCAUCUGGGAUGCGGAGAAGCAGAAGGAACUCAAUCGGCUGGACGGCCAUUUGGGGCGAGUGACUGCGUUGGCCUGGCGCGGCAACAGCUUGGCCAGCGGCUCUCGCGACCGCUCCAUUCUGGAGCGGGAUGUCCGAUGCCCGCCGACGCACAUAACCCGCUGCCUGCGCGGACACAAACACGAGGUGUGUGGCCUUCAGUGGUCGCCCAACCAGCGCUACUUGGCCAGCGGCGGCAACGACAACCGGCUGCUGGUGUGGACGGAGAACUGGCCGGAGCCGAUCUACGCCUUCGUCCAGCACAAGGCGGUGGUGAAGGCGCUGGCCUGGUCGCCACACAAGUCCGGACUGCUGGCCAGUGGCGGCGGGACUGCCGAUCGCUGUCUGCGCUUCUGGAACGUUCUCAACGGCAAGCCGGUGCAGUGCAUCGACACGGGCGCCCAGAUCAGCAACUUGGCCUGGGCCAGGGAAUCCGCGGAGUUGGUCACCACCCACGGACAGGCCCUGCCACAGGUCAUCGUCUGGCGCUAUCCCUCGCUGAAGCAAGUGGUUCGGCUAUCCGGGCACACCCAACGCGUCCUCUAUUUAGCCGUCAGUCCGGACAGCGAGUCCAUUGUGACCGGGGGAGCGGACGAGACGCUGCGUUUCUGGACCGUGUUCAGCAAGCAAAAGCCGCCCAAAGUGCCUAGCUCUGUGCUCAGCCUGUAUCAGUGUAUGAGAUGAGAACGAAAUUGCGACGUACCCUUAGUUAUCCGGGCAAUUAUAUAUUUUUCUUAGCAACUACAAAUUGUUUAAGUUCUAAACGGUCAUCCCGGUCAUGUUCUAC